UGCUUACUUCCGCUUGUUGUAGCAACAACAGAAAUUCCUUGUUCUCGAAUUUCAUAGCCUAUUUAAACUACAAUGAACGUUUUAAAUUCAAUUUCGAUAGUUCAUUUAUGGAAAAGUAAAUAACAGCACAACAGCUGACAAUGUUAACACGAGGAUUUUUUUAUUGACUUUUGAUUUUGUGACGGAACAGUGCACCUGCUGAGAGUUAAAAAUAACUGACAGAAAUUUUAGAUUAAGCUUGAUAUUGUGUUAAAAUAAUAUGGAAACUUCAGUGUUAUAUCGCUGCGCUGGUGACAUAAUUUACAAUGACCAGGAACCAGUUCCAGGUCACAUCAGUGAUGUACAGCUUAAGAUGUACUCAGAGACCAGUAACUUUCUACAGUAUCUCAAACCACUAACACCACAGUAUCCUUACUUCUUUGGACAGAUUAGAUCAUUGUCAACCAAAAGUAAGGUUACAAUAGGUAUUGCUGGUCCCGACAUCAAAGAUGAUGCUCAUCCUGGGAACUGGAACAACACUGUUGGUUACCAUAGCGAUACAGGAAAAUGUUACACAUCACACAAAGAAAUUGCUAACACAUAUGGAGAAAAGUUUGGUAUAGGUGAUGUGUUUGGAGUAUGUGUUACCUACUUUGGACAACAAAUGUCAACAGUUACAUUUGUGAAAAAUGGAAAACCUGUAGCUACAAGGUACCACUUUGAAACAGACCACAGUAAGUUCCUACCUACUAUUACACUUGAGAAUGGACCAAUAGAUUUAGGGAUCAUGUGGCCACAAGCAGUUUUUGGAAGUCCACAGUUUGAUGAAAAAAAUAUGUUACAUUGGAUGUCUGACCCGUCUGUAAACUUUGAUAUGUCAAAGAGCAUGUUUAUACUCGACAAGGCAAAAGAUAAAAUUAUUGCUACUGCACCAAUACAGAGUCCUAUGCCAUUGUGUUCAGGUUUUUCUCAUUUUGAGGUAUACAUUAAAGAAACAACAGAUGGCGCUGCAGCAUCAGUAGGUAUUGGUGAUUGUAGUCCUCUAAAACCAUCACCAACCUGUGAAAUAUUACGAGAUUUCAUGACAUGGACGGCUGAUGGCAAAGUAAACAAAGUAGAAGAAAACGACAGAGUUGGUAUGGGAGUACACUACCAUCCAGAUUCCAGAGAUAAUCCCGCAUACAAUGACAAAGAAUCACAGUUGGUGUUGUGUUUUGUUACAAAGAAUACUGUUACCAUCUAUGCAAAGAUGAUCAUACAACCAGAGGGAGGCUUCUAUCCUCUGGUGCUACUGGACCAAAACUGUCGAAAGGUUUCAGUAGAUGUCGAGUCCAACAGAACAAUAGAGGUGUAUGAUAAUUUAGACAGAGUGUUCAAAGAGGCUGUAGAGGAGGCUACCAAACAUAUCAUUGAAGAUUGUAUAAAGAGAGAAAUUCAUAUAAAAAUGUUCCGUAAGUCUGAUGCGUUAGUUCUGGAUGUUCCCAAAGAACCGUCAACAGACAUUGACCUGAGUAAACUGUACUGUAGAAUUACAUUACCUGCUGAGACUAUGGGAAUUCAUGCCAUACAGUUUUGCAAGCCUCUAACAGAAGACAACUCUUACUUCUGUUUAGAUAUAAAAACCCUGAAUGAGGACUCUGUUGUGACUACUGGUGUUGCUGACAGCACAUUUGACUUGAGUAAGCAUCCUGGUAAAACAGAAAACACAGUAGGAUGGAUGUCACAAAAUGGUCGCAUGUUUUACAAUACUAGAUAUGAAGGCAAUGUGAAUGGGCAAAGAUAUGAAGAAGGUGAUACAGUAGGACUAGAUUGUUCAGUGUUUGAAAGUAGUCUUCCAGUAGUUUUGUUCUCAAAGAAUUAUCAUCCUAUAGGAUUAAGAUACCUGAUGGCUAAUGAUCCAAGUCAAUAUUUUCCUACUAUUGCCCUCUGUGGAAACGGUUAUGAGGUUGUGGUUGAUGUUUUCUGGCACACUAGACUAUGUGUUGGACCUACAUUUGAAAUUGAUAAUGUGAACUAUUGGAUUAUCCCAGAAGGAUCAAAGGUUAAUGAGAAAGAAAAGGUGGUAACAAUACCAGAACAUACAGAUGCAGAAGUCCUGCAAUGUCCAUAUCCACUCAGUGAAGAUAUAAAAUUCAAUUAUUUUGAGAUACAGAUUAUAGAUAAAUUUGGCUCCAAUGCCGAUGGAGCACCACCACCUGGAAUAGCUUUGUCAUCUCCUUGUUUUCAGGAUAUUAGUGUCACCAUGUCCUCUAACUUUAGACAAGAUUUUAUCAGAUUUUUGGCAAAAGGAGAGGCUGAAUCAUCAGUGUCUGUUGGAGAUACUCUAGGCUGGGGAGUCAUUGUACCAAAAAGUGAACAAGAAAAGAAAGAAAAUAGACUUGUGAUCUGCUAUCUGUGUAUAAACAGGAACAUAGCCCUUACAAGAGUGUCAUAUGAACCACCAGGGGGAUUUUAUGCCACAGUUUUACUUUACCCAGGAGUAAACAGAGCGAAGAUAGGGAGGAUUCGAUAUAUUCAUACUCAUCCACUCACAGAGGAUAAGAUUAAAAUAUUACUCAAAGAGGCUAAAGAUAUAAUAGCAUUAGAAGAAGCUGCAAAACUUGAAGGUAAUGAUGCCUUAGAUGUGAUAGAAGACAAAAAUUCUUUGUUCCGUCAUCUUCCAGGAAUCCUUGAUGAAGAUGAAGAGAAACCGAAUAAGCAAAAGAUGGAAAAUGUUGCUUUUACCGCUAAUGCAAUUGAUAAACAGAAAAAGAAAAUGAAACCAGGAGGAAAUGAUGAAUCCAAAGCUUGUGUAAUAUUAUAGAAAAGAGUGCAAUGUUGAUUUGUUGACAGUGACUUGUACAUUUUACCUACACAUACAUACACACAUGUAUAAAUAGUGCAAUUGGGUGGGGGAUAUUUUUGCUAUUGCCAAAAUUGUCUUUAGUGCUUUCCAUGUUGAUAGUGUUGUUAUUUUUUAAAAUAUGUCAAAAACUUGUCAUGUAAGACUUGUCAUGUAAGACUUGUCAUGUAAGACUUGUCAUGUAAGACUUGUCAUGUAAGACUUGUUAUGUAAGACUUAUCAUGUAAGACUUGUCAUGUAAGACUUGUCAUGUAAGAUUGGUCAUGUAAGACUGGUCAUGUAAGACUUGUCAUGUAAGACUUGUCAUGUAAGACUUGUCCUGUAAGACUUGUCCUGUAAGACUUGUCAUGUUAGACUUGUCAUGUAAGACUUGUCCUGUAAGACUUGUCAUGUAAGACUUGUCAUGUUAGACUUGUCAUUUAAGACUUGUCAUGUUAGUCAUACAUUGUAAAAGAGUAUUCAUGAUCAUCCAUUUCUUUAAAAUGGGGAAUUCAAGUGUUCUCAUAGUUGAAAAAAAAAGUGCCAAAAUAUUUUUGAUGUGUAUUGUUUGUAUGAAUUUUUUCAGAUAUUAGUUAGAACUAUUUUCAUUGAAAUAUCACAUUUUUGUGGCAUAUCUGUAAUAUCUGCAAUACAUUCAAGGAUAAAUGGUGUAAUGUGGAUGAUGAAAAAUGAAUAAAUUAUUGGAUGUAUGUUGUGAAAUAUUGAUAAAUGGUAAAGUAUGUGUGGUGAUAAUAGUGAUGUAGUGUGUGCAUUGGAAUUCUAAAAUGAAAGUUGACAGUUACAUAUCAAUGAGUGCAAUGAAGCUAUAAAGUGUAAUUGGACUUUUCAGAAUAUAAUGCAUUCUGGGCAAUAUUUUCAAAAGUGUUCACCAAAAAUUUGUGAUUGGUUUAAAUCGUUCUAAACAAUGAAAAUUCAACUAAUGACAUAACUUUUUUUUCAUUUUGGUGUACAAACAUUAAGAUUGCCCAUAGUCCUUUAGAUUCUGUAAAGGAAAAUUAUGAAUAGUUAAAGACUUAAAGUACUAUUAUUUGAAAGAAUUAAUUCAGCAUUAUUCGUUAUCAUGCAGCAUGUUAAAACCUAUCUAGCUUCUCAAUCACAACUACUGUUUAUGUUAAAACAAAUUCCACUCCCUUUCAAGAACUAUAAAUUCAGAAACUUGCAUGCAUUAAUAAUUGUAAUUUUGUCAUUUUAUACUGAGUUACGAUUUUAAUUUUUGCAAUACUGAUGAAAAUCCUGUUUAAUGCAUAUAUAAAAAAAUUGUGUGUUUAACUUAUUGCAGUUAUUAGCCUGCUGCAUUUUUGCAAUAAUAAAAUCAUCUCAAUAAUUUCUGAAUUUUACAGUAUUGAUAAGUGUGAUUUGUUCCACAAAAUCCAUGAAUAGUGGAAAAGUGUUAUAUACUGUGUUGUUUAUUGGAUAUAUAAGGGACAACAUCAAAAGUUCAAUGAAGGAUAAAAAACUCAAUUCAUAUAUUUUUUUCACAGAUUCCUACCCCCUCUUAACUUAAUUUGGGAAAAAUUGAUUGACCACUAAGGAUAUAUGUAAAAUCGAUGUCAAUUUAUACCAAACUUGCAGCAAUUUGACACCCCCACUCCCUAACUAUUUGAAUUAAGUUUUUUUUAUCCUUCAUUGAUUUUUUUAUGUAGUCCCUAAGCCAGUGAUGUGGUUGAGUAGUUGGACAGGUUAUUGUGUUUGUUAUUAUUGUAAAUGUUGUAAAUGUUUAUUAUAUAUUUUUUAUUGAUGCAAAUUAUUUUGUUGUUGUUAUUUCUUUUUUAUUAUUAUUAUUAUUGAAGUUCAGAUGUUCAGGGACAAAGAUAAGUUUUGACAAAUAAGAUAUAAAUGAUAAUUAUCAAAAGUUAGUUUUUGAUGAAAUUGUUUCAGGAAAAAUACAUGAAAAAAUUGUUUUUAAUCAAAAUAUGAAAGAGCGUAAACUGUGCUUCCUCGAUCGUAAUGCAUUGAAUUGGCUAGAAUUGUUGAAUUGUGCGUUUUUGGAAACCAAAAUACUUCCUCUCAUUUUUAGAUACGACAAACAUGAUGUUAAUUGUAUUCUAAUCUACAAAUUUCAAAAGAUAAUUUAUCUAGGAAUCAUCAGUUCCUAGCUGAUUUUGCGAGUUUAAUUUUAAUUUAACAUAAACAAUAUAUUAAAGUUACUGUCCAAUAAAUAUUGUGAUUAUUCACUUUAAUUUGAAUGGAUUUAUUUAUUUUGAUCAUUUAUUUCGGUAGUACUUAGAAAAUCAUAUUUGCUCAAAAGUAAUUAUACCAAAUACAAAAUAAUUAACAAUAAUAGAAAAUAAGUUAUGUCUUCCAAGGCAUUGGUAUCAUCGGAGUUAUCUCCCCAUAAGCAUCUUUUAUUAUCAGAUUAACCUGCAUGUUUAUCUCUGUUUACGAAGAUUUCUUGAAUAAUUAUUAAUGAAUUUGUGGUGUAUUUUUUUCAUUGAAAAUUCUAAAAGUACUUCUUUUUUUGACAAAUGCAUAAUACUAUUUGUUUAAGUUUAAACAUGAUUUUUAAACAAGGAGUUAUAGUUUUAUCUAUGUCUGUUUAUUUAAAUUCCCAGGCAAAAUUUUGAAUGAAGUCUUCCAAAUAUCUUGCCUUGUGAUGAUAAUUUAAAGCGAGUACUUAUUGUUUAAAGAGAUGAAUUUGAAAUAAGAAAAAUGUGUCGGGUCUCAGCAUUAAUACAUGGAUGUUUAAGUAUGAGUUUGAUAAAUUAAUCUUGAUUUUCAUUAAACAAAAUGGUCACUAAUUUACAAUAAUGUUUUGUUUUAAUAAUAUUGAUUAAGAUUUAGAGUCAAAAGACAAGCAUCUACUACUGAUCAAUUAUUACACGAUAUAUAGAGAUCAAGAGUUGUAUUAUAUACAAAUUUAUCACUUACACAAUUUCACACAAUAAUUCAAACAUGUAAAUUUAAUAAUUAUAAAUAUAAACUCUUUGAAUGCACCAAAUAAUCUGUUUUUGUUAAUGUUUGAAGUGCACAAUGGGUCAAGGUUUUUGAGAAAUUUAACACAGUGCAACUUUGUUUUCAUUGAACAUUCAAACAGUUUCUCAGAUGAUAAACACAAUUACUUUAAAAAGAAAAUGGUUUUACAAAUCAGCAUGAAUUUUUGAGUUUUUGUGUAGAGAUGGCAGAAAGUCAAUAUAAUGGUAGGUGAAAUUGAAACAGAAUUUCACCGUUCUCCUGAAAACAAAGUUGUUCUGUACUGUAACAUAUUGAAGUUAUUAUUUUGGUUAUUGGGAUUAAAAUUUUGAAUUUACAUAUAUGCAUAUAUUCCUGCAUUCCAGUUUUUGUGGUAGAAAUUGAAAUCAAUAUUGCUCAGGUGAAUAUUAAAACAAUUCACUUGAUGGUAAAAUUGCAACAUUGCAUGAAUAGCAAACCUGCUUCAUUUACAAAAAAAUGUUUAAUAAAAUCUUCUGAAAUUUUUAAGCUCCAUUUACGUUUCUGAAAUUAUAACUGACUCAAUGAAAAAAAUAU